AUGACGGGUAAAAGAGCGAGGAGAGACGGUGAGGAGGAUGGGGAGGGCAGUAAGAAGAAGAUAGCUAUUCCUAACAGCGCCAAACACUCCCUUCAAGCCGUCAGUGUCGGUCUUCAGACCGAGGACAUCGUCAAAUAUCUCUCCCAGUUGAGUAAGACGUCCAUGCCGGCGGGUGUUGAGGACUUUGUGAGGAUGUGUACCAGUAGUUACGGUAAAGUUAAGCUGGUUCUCAAGCACAACAAGUAUUUCCUUGAAACAGCUCAUCUGGAUGUCCUGCAGUGUUUAUUAAAAGAUCCUGUUCUUGCUGGUGCCAGAGAAAGUUCAGGAGACAGUGCCGUGAUAGAGGAGAAGAUAUCAACAAAAGCUCACAUGUUCUCUACAAACAACAAGGCAGUGGCAGAACCUGCUCAGCCGGGAUCUUCUGCUGCUGUCUCUGCUGAGGCUCCGGACGAUCUGCAGGACACCAGGAGGAUACCACCGGCAAAGCGGCUAAUAGUACCCUCCGGUCUGUGUUGUACCGAAGAAGCUGAGUUAAUCGAUCAAGACUCGGCUUACCAGCCAAGAGGCAAAAUCUGA